AUCGAUUUGUAUUGGUUAGGUGUCUGACAGUCUUCGAAUUCUACAACAAAGAAAUUUUCAUUCAGAAGAGAUGUGGUGGUGACCCUUACAGCAGCGAAGUAUUUUUUGCUACAGGCACUGUACUUUUCUACACCCAUAGACGUGACAGUUGUCCUGAAGGCGUUGAGCUGAAGUGGCAUUCAAUAUGAAGCUGUUACCAUUAUUCAUCUGCUUCUUCCUGGUACUGUCCUACCUCCCUGAGGGAGAACUGAAGAGAUCAAAGGGGAAGGGCAAACAGGUGAAAAACCCGGGCUCUGGGGAUUUGAAAGGAGACAAACGAACCAGAGAAAUCAUCACUGAUGCAGAUUUUAAUCACAGCUCAUCUAAGAAAAACAAAAGGAAAAAGGAUAAAAUGGACAAAGAGGUAGAAGACUCAAAUGGAGGACAUUCCAACUCUGGAGGGAGUAAGAAAUUACGGGGGUCAAAGAGACAGAAGAAAAAGGAGAAGAAGAAACACAAGUCCAGGGAGAAAGCUGAAAGGAACAGUGGAGAUAUGCAUGCGACCAAUCAGCGAAAACAAUCCAAAGUGAACGAAGGUCGAGCAGAGGAGAGACACCCAUCACAAGGAGAUGGCGUAAGGUCUAUAGUGACCUUAGGCCUAAAAGCACUUUCUUAUUGGCUGUCAGGGAAAGAAACCGAGGGUACGUAUCGUAGUGACAAACUACGUUGCAGUGACAAACUGAAUAGACAACUAGUGAAAUUCUACGAGAAAGAGGUCCGUGUUCCGUCCAAGGAUGUGCAAACAAGCCGCCGCAUCGUUGACCAGUUCAUGAAGCAGAUAUGGACACAAAUCAUUUCCAACAUGGAGGGCUUGACAUUCACACGUUACACUUUGGUGGGCAGUAUGUCUGAAGGUCUGGCUGCUGUGAAGAUUGCUGAUUUUGAUUUUCAUCUUCCUCUCAAGAUAAGCUCAGGAAGGCUGACUGCUCAUACCAUUCCCGACAUGCCUGGCUACAAACUCAUCUCCUGUGAUGAGCCGUCAGUCUGUGAUAAAUAUGGCGAGGUCAAGGACGGUUACAAUUUCCUUAGUCCAUCUCGUAUCAUCAGUAAACUACAAAGUAUUGUGCAGAAAGCAGUGGUUAAUGGUAAAGUUGCGAUGAUAGGCGACUGUCACCAGUACCGGCCUGGAUAUAAAGGGCCAACAGUCAGCGUGGAGUUGGACUGCCAGCCAGAAACUUACCGUAUUGAAUUGGUCCCGCUCAUCACAACAGUCGAUGGACAGCAGUUUGUCGCUAAGAAAGCUGACUUAGGAUUGGCUAAGAAUUAUCCCCUGUCCUGGCGACAGUCUUUCCAGGAGCAAGAAAGAGAUCUCAUCGCCAGUAAAUCAGAUAACUUGAGCUUGCUGCGCCUAGCAAAAGCUCUGUUUCGUCACAAAGAAAUGCCCUUGAACCAUCUUUCGUCGUAUCAGCUGAAGAACACUUACUGUCAUCUUGACCGUAGUGGCUAUGUAUGGGCGUCCAAGCCGCUGUGUGACCAGCUACUUGAUUUCACAGAUUACCUGCACAAAUUUGCAGUCGAACAAAAUCUUCCAUGCUGCUUUCUCAACAGUGUCAAUCUGUUUUCCUCGUGCACCUCGGACACAAUCAUCAAUAUGGAAGGUAGACUCAAGAGAAUAUUGGAGAAUUUUGAUGAUACUGUGAAGAGAUGGAUAAAUGUUCCAGAGCUUAAGGAUGAGUUGUGAAUUCUUGUGUUUGUACUUUACACUCUCUGCUUAAUACCCACAUCUUAUUCAGUUCUAGAAAUCAGUCCUUGAUUCAAAUGUUUAUAUAAUCAUCAAGAAUGUAUGCCCUGUUCUUCCAGCACAACAAAGCAUAUCCAGUCUUUACAAUUAUUAUUAAAUCUCCAGAUUUCUACAUUUCGACCAUUGUGUGUGUGCAUUAUGAAAAAACUGCUGAGCCAAGUUAACAACUCCACACACAACAAUACUGAGCACUAAACAAUUAAUGGGCCAACUGUAUACCAUGUAGAUUACUACUGAGUCAGCUGUGCACCAUGUAGACUACUGCUGACCCAGCUGUGCACCAUACAGACUACUGCUGACCCAGCUGUGCACCAUACAGACUACUACUGAGUCAACUGUGCACCAUACAGACUACUACUGAGUCAACUGUACACCAUGUAGACUACUACAGAGUCAACUGUGCACCAUACAAACUACCACUGAGUCAGCUGCGAACCAUCCAGACUACUACUGAGUCAACUGUGAACCAUGUGGACUACUACUGAGUCAACUGUGAACCAUGUAGACUACUACUGA